ACCGGGCAGGAUUGCACCACAGUCCAGGAGGGGCGGCCUCAGCGAGGCUUCCGCGGACGGAGGGUUUUUCCGUCUCACAAAGGCAAGAAGAGUCGAGUCAGCCCAGCCGCCGCCAUGGCUCUGCUCAGAGGUGUUUUCAUUGUUUCUGCCAAGAGGACCCCAUUUGGAGCUUUUGGAGGUCUCCUCAAAGACUUCACUGCUACCGACCUCUCAGAGAUUGCAGCACGCUCAGCUCUGUCUGCAGGCAAAAUAUCUCCUGAAAUCAUUGACAGUUUGAUUGUAGGCAAUGUCAUGCAGUGUUCUCCAGAUGCUAUUUAUCUUGCCAGACAUGUUGGUUUGCGCAUUGGGGUGCCGGUUGCCGUUCCUGCCCUAACAGUCAACAGAUUGUGUGGAUCAGGCUUCCAAUCUAUUGCCAAUGGAUGUCAGGAAAUUUGCCUUAAGGAAUCAGAGGUAGUGCUGUGUGGUGGAGCUGAAAACAUGAGUCAGUCCCCAUAUACUGUUCGAAAUAUCCGCUUUGGAACAAAACUUGGUCUUGAUCUCAAGCUGGAAGAUACGUUGUGGGCGGGGUUAACAGAUCUGCAUAUUAAGACCCCUAUGGCUAUUACGGCUGAAAACCUUGCUGCGAAAUAUAACAUCACAAGGGAGGAAUGCGAUCGCUAUGCCCUGAAGUCACAGCAAAGGUGGAAAGCUGGUGAUGAAGCUGGUUAUUUCAAGGCUGAGAUGGCACCUAUUGAAGUAAAAACGAAGAAGGGCAAGCAGAUUAUGGAACAGGACGAGCACCCCCGACCCAAGGCAACAAUGGAAGAGUUGGGGAAGCUCCCUCCGGUGUUCAAGAAAGAUGGAACCGUCACUGCUGGCAAUGCCUCGGGGAUAUGUGAUGGAGCUGGUGUGGUGGUCAUAGCAAGUGAAGAUGCUGUUAAGAAGCACAAUCUCACUCCUUUGGCUAGAAUAGUAUCCUAUCAUUCAGUUGGAUGUGACCCCAACAUCAUGGGCAUUGGUCCAGUCCCUGCUAUUACAGAAGCACUGAAGAAAGCUGGCCUGUCUCUGAAAGACAUGGACUUGGUUGAGGUUAAUGAAGCUUUCGCACCACAGUACUUGGCAGUGGAGAAGGUUUUGGGUCUGGAUCCAGAGAAAACGAACAUCCAUGGGGGAGCCAUUGCUUUGGGUCACCCUCUGGGAGCAUCUGGUACAAGGAUCACUGCUCAUCUGGUUCACGAACUAAGGCGUCGUGGAGGCAAAUAUGCAGUUGGUUCUGCUUGCAUUGGAGGUGGCCAAGGUAUAGCUGUCGUCAUUGAAAAUACAGCCUAAGAACUUCAGUAACCAAACAUUGAACUCUCCAGCUAUCCCUUCGCAUGAAGAUUUUAGAAGGGAGAGGAUGGCUCCUCUUGUCUGCAAAUUCAGAAACUCAGCAGCAUUAACUAUCAAGCAGACUGAAGGAAGAAAUGCAAAAUAAUUUUUAAAGAAAAGAACUAAAUAAUUUCUAAUUUGACUGUGUGGAUCUAGACAUAAUCUUCCCUGAUUUGCUACCUCCUACUAAGUUUAAUUUUUGACACACACAGAGGAAUUUUCUGGAAUAAAUAAUAAACUGCCUAGUAUUUACUAAGUGCAAUUCAUGUCACAGCAAAGAUGUGCCAAGACCAGCGUUCCCCAACUUGGGGGGUCAGGACCUCCAAAGGAGAUUGCAGAGUGUUUUCUUU